AUGCGAAUGCCCGUAGUUGUUGGUGUUGUUGGAGGUAGUGCUGCCGGAAAGGAAGCGUUCAGCAAAGCCAUCCAAAAGCAUUUGGCUGACAAAUUCAAGUUGACGACCUACAUCGUGCACGAGAACGCUAAAUCCGACCAUUCGGUUCUCUCCGAAGAGCGAAUCCAUGAGCAGGCAAUGGAAUCGAUAACGGCUGAUGUUAUUAUGGUGCAGGGCUCGUCGUUCUUCCACAGUCACAAACUCAGAAAUCAACUUGAUUAUAAGGUCUAUCUGCAUUCGGAUUCCGAUAAACGAUUAGCUAACUAUUUGACCUAUACCAAAGGGCAUCAAUCAUUCGAAACAGCAAUGCAAAAGUACUUUGAAGAAGUGAAACCAAAGGACAGUUCGACAUUGCAGUCCGAAGAGCAUGCUGAUUUUAAAGUGCAAAAGGCUGAUGCAGAAGGUGCUCAAAUUCUAAAAGAAAACAAUUAUUCCCUUCACUAA